AUGCAGGAUCUCCUGAAGGUCUUCCCCUUGUUUGUGAUUCUAACGAUUGGUACUUCUCUGAAGUGUGAAGUUUGUUACAACCUUGGCCUCGCAUGUCAUGGCCCUGUGAAGACCUGUCCUCCUAAGAAAGAUACCUGUGUUGUCGCUUUUGCUGAAAGUACUAUAGAAGGAAAGACCAUUCUCACUGUAGAGAAAUCCUGUGACUCCUCUAAGAUCUGCUCUACACCCCCCAUGUACUUUUAUCUGGGGCUGGGAAAAACCCUCAGGACAAGUUUGACUUGCUGCCGGGGGGACGCCUGCGGAAAAGUCAAGCCUAAAUUACCACCAAUAGAGACCAAAGCUAAUGGAAAGCAGUGCCCUACCUGUUACGCUUGGUCAGACACAUGCAAUGCAAAGAUGAUGAAUUGUACUGGAUUGGAGACAUACUGCUUUGAUGUGGCCGCAACCACGUACUCCAACGGACAACGCCAGCGUAAUAUCAUGAAGGGCUGCACGACUAAAUCGGUCUGUGUUUCAAUAACAAGAGGCCAGUCCCACUUUUUGGGAAGUGUUGAUGUUGUUGAAAAGGCCAAAUGCACACCUGAUGUUUCUAGGGGAUCUCGAUCCUCUGAGCUCCUCCUGCUAACCUUUUCUGGGCUCCUGCUGCUGAAGUUCCUCUCGUAA